AUGGGGAGAGAAAAACGAAACCUGCCCGCGGCUGUGGCAGGUGGCCCAAAGGAGAGGCAUAGGCGUGCACAAAGAUCUCAGUAUGAUCAUACAGCACCUGUUCCCCCUGGCUUUGUUGCCAAACCAGCUCUUCCAAAGACAACCAAACAUCACUCGUACUUCGAGUUUGUUGAAAACAAGGACAAGAAAAAGAAGCUUGAAUUCCAGAUCACUACAAAAAAAACACCCCCUCCUGGUUUCGAGUUUGUCCCUGCCGGCAACCCUGAACUAACUCAAGCAUGCAAAGAACUGUCCCGAGAAAAAAAUGCCAUGAUAUUUAUCGUAUCGAACGCAAAAGAAGCAUCCGGCUCAAAUAUCUUGGCUCACCAAGUCCAUCGCAUUGGACAUCAUGUUAGAGAAACAAUCGUCGAGGAAGCCCGCGCCGGUCUAGGUCAUGUCAUGGAGAACAUGCUUGCAGCCCCUAGCGGUAUUCCCGAGCCCAUCCCCGAAUCUCAAGAGGAAUACGAUGCACAAGUUGACGCUGCCUUACGCGAUCUGUUUCCCAGAAUCCCAAACACCGAUCGACGGAUGAUCAUUGAACAUGCUUUUAGACGGGAUCCAACGAACAAAAACAACAAGGAAAAAGUAGGCCUUUCGGAAGAUAUAACACUCGCCCGGAGGGUUCAACUUGCAGUCCUCGCUCACAUUCGCCAUACUCACACGAGAUAUGACACUCUGCUGAGGGAGACCACAUGGCAGAACGCUCGCAAAGUUGUCGAGGCCCUUUGUUUAGACACCCUCGUCAAGUGGCGAGGAGAUGAGGAGAGCGGUCGGGACCAGCUGGAUGAGAUAUUGAGGGAAGUCGUCGUAAUUUCUGACUCAGAAGGUGAGGAGUCUGGCAACGAGUCUGACUCAUCAAUCGAAGAGGUGGUGUAUCAGUCUACGAAUCCCGUUCCCAGUAGGCCUGUACCGAAUAUCUCUGGCCAGCCUGGUGCCGGCCACCUACAAUCUCCCAGACUUAACCAGGGCUCACGAACACCCGCCACGCCCAAGCCAAAAGGAAAGGUGAAGAAAAGAAAACGUAAGACUUCCGCAGAGAAGAAAGGACAGCGCGGAUUCAAACGGUACCAAGCUGCAUGGCAAGACGCCAUUGACAGAAGCCGCAAUGUACAAGAGCCAGCUCCCCAAUCUCCCCAAGGGCCCUCCCCUCAGUAUACCCGUGGUCCGCCGCCGCCUGCGGCUCUGGUUCCCUUGAGCGAUGAAUUGCCUGCUCCAUCCCAGCUCAGAAUUGUUUCUGGAGGUGCGGGACCUGCACCUUAUGAGAACGGUUAUGUUGGGAAACCUCAAUAUCCCGCAAAUGGCCAUUUUAUAAGUUCAGGGCCACAAGUUGCCCGCAAGGUAAAGUCACCAUUUUAUGACGCGCCACCUAGCACUCAUCCGCCUGUGUCGAGAGUGGCCGAUCGACUACAGGACAUGUUGGUGCAGUCCAUUGAGCCAGCGUCUCCUGAUACUAUGAAACCGUCUUUUGUGCGUGCAGUACCCCCUCGGGGACAAGGCUUCAGAAAUGAGCCCCCUAUGACCACCAGUAUGCAGCAUCCAGUUAUCAUAUCUUCUCCAUUGCGAGGCCCUGUUACAAGAGGCGAGCCCAUGGAAAUAUCACGACCUGUAAUGGGUGAACCGUUGGUUCAUGGAGAUAGGCCCUACCAAAUCUCUGGUCACGAUCCCUCACCACCCCGUGGUCACAUGUUCGAUGCCCCUGCGCAUCACUAUAAUACCAGAUCUCAUGGAUUACCUGCUCCUCCGGCUUCUUUGGGUCCUUCACAUCGUUAUGAUACAAGAUCGCGCGGAACACAGAACAACCCAGCGAGGAUUUUAGUAAGUCGUCGGCCAUAUGACGAGCCACAAAGACCGGGAAUUCGUGAUACCCCAGUUGUCAUGGAAGAUCGUGGUGGGUUCUAUGAACGAGUCCCAGUUCAUCCAACUGGAGACUUGCCAUCAUCAUCUCGUGAUGAAGCAGGGCCUGGCUUUAGACUUGCUGCGGAGCCAUAUAGAGUUGCAAGGGAGCAACAGGCGGGCCCUUGGCAGGAGAACUCCCGGCUAGUACCAGGCAACAGAACCAACACAGACAUUGAGAUGGUCCCCAUUAAUCGCGUGUCUCUGGAAGAUCGACAUCGCCCUAUCGUAACGGACAACCGAGCCGGACCAGCUCAUACCCCUGUGUCUUCAGGAGCUCGAGGUGAUAUUAGAAGUUACUUUGAGCGAGACCCUCGUCCAGUCCGUUAUAUUCCACCUGGCCCAGAGCCUCGUCCGGUCAUAAAUGAGCCAUUGGCUCCAGGUUACGAACCGUACCGCGAGGUACGUUACGAAGAAAGAGUACCCGAUCCUUUUCAACAUCGAGAGCCAGUGCAUCGAUACUACCGAGAAGAGCCCGUUGUUGAAGGAGACGGACGACCUCGGCCUCUACACCCGCGUCGAAUGGAGGAUGUAAUUGUGCUUGAGUAA